AUGAAAUACAAGGAAGGCAAAUCCUUGGCGGAUCACUUGAACGAAAUUCAAGGAAUCAUGGAUCAGUUGUCCGAUAUGGGCAUAAAGAUGGAAGAUGAGGAUGAAAGGUCAAAGUUGGAUUCAAAGACGCGACCGUGCGUAUUCAUUGGCUAUGGUCAAAAUGAGUUUGGCUAUAGAUUCUUUGAUCCCAUCCAGAAGAAGCUUAUCAGAAGCCGUGAUGUUGUGUUCAUCGAGAAUGAGACCAUCGAAGAUGUUGUUGCUAGGAAAGAAGUUCCUAGUACUGAUGCUAGCCAGCCAAACCUUGAGCUAGUGCCUCCAACACCAGUGCCUACAGAAGUUGGAGAAGAAGUACAACAUGAUCAUCCUGAGAUAGUUGAACCAGAUGCCCAUGUGGAGGUUCAACCAGAAGAUGCUGAUGACGAUGGUCAACCACCAGCCAUAGAAGGUUCUCCUGUUCGAACAACAAGAUCUGGUAGAAGUUCACGACCGUCUACCAGAUAUCUCGAGACUGAAUACGUCUCACUUACUGACGGCGGAGAACCAGAGAGCUUCAUAGAAGCUAUGAAUGACGAACACAAGCAGAAGUGGACAGAAGCUAUGAAAGACGAGAUGGAUUCCUUGUAUGAGAACAACACAUUUGAGCUGACUCUUCCAAGAGAAAAGUUUAAGUUCUGUCGAUCAGCUGCAGGGAUGACGAAGUCGCACAUGUAG